AUGUCCUUCGCCAACUACGACUUGGAGGCGCAACAGCCUCCUCCAAAUGGGACACAACACAAGAAGUCGUCUGAGCUCGACCAAAUCGUGUCAGACACUUCAAGUCAGGUACUGACGUUUGGAUCUUUAAUUGGUCAAUUCAACUCGCAAAGAAAGCUUCUAGGAAGCAAGAGAGAUGGUGUGGCUCUUAGAGAGAGUCUCGACCUACUUCAGAACAGAAUUUCCGAUCUUGACUCGGCCAUCAGCGUGCUAAUAAUGAACAUCAACAAAGCAAUGGACCCAAACUCGAAUUUGCAAGUGUCUGAGCGUCAACUCAUGCAGAAGGAGAGACUCACUUCCGACUACCGUGACCUUCAUCGAAGUUUUCGCCUGGCCCUGGAUUCCUAUAAGGAGAAAAAGAAAUCUAUACCGAUAAAGACGUCCACGGAAGAAACCCCGCUCUUGGGAGGAGACCAAAAGGGAGUGCCUGAACAGCAACAGCAGCAGCAGCAGCAGCAGCAAUUACUGCAAGAUCAAAUUGAGCAAACGGAGCUACAGUAUCAUAUAUUACUUACUGAGGAGCGAAACCGAGAAAUCGAACAGGUGGCAGAGGGAAUCCGCGAGGUCAACUCUAUUUUUAAGGAUUUAGGCACUUUGGUCAAUCAGCAGGGAGAGCAGCUAGACACCGUUGAGGAGAACAUUCUUGAGUUGCACGGCAACACCCAACAAGCGUCACGUGAGUUGCACAAGGCCCAUGAGUACCAGAAACGCAAGGGCAAGUGGAGCUGUAUAAUACUUGUUGUUUUAUCUGUGAUUGUGCUUGUGAUAGUUUUGGCCGUGGUGAGCUAA